AUGGACGAGCACAGCCGUUCACCUGUGGCCAACAAGGACAAACGGGGCUCCCGCCUCCAGGAGAAGCAAAAACCAAAACCCACGCCAGCUAGCACCACCAUCGUCUUUUUCAGUCUGCUAGCCAUCUUAGAGAGCAAUGCACAACGGCGGCGGAAUUACACGGUCGCAGCCAUCAAUGGUCGUCCAGUACUUCUCAAGUUAGAUGCAGCCUUGGAUGUUUUAUCAUCUUGA